AACGAACCACCACUUCCUCUCUGCCCGCAACCCCGUUGCCGCAGACCGCCGCUGCCUUCCUCGACAACGACGGCCACGGCCACCGUCUCACGCAUCACGCACCUCUACGGACACUUCAUAGCUGCAUAUCCCCCCUCUGCGCCAAAACGCCCCCUUCCUCCCACGAGUGUGUGCGAAAACACUCCAGGGGAACCCUCGCUCGCUCGCUCGCUCGCCCCUAACAGCACCCCCGUUACCCCCGCCUUCAGUCACAGGCUCACUCGAACCCGCCGUCGUCAGCAGCACCGCUACCACUGCAACGACUUUGGUGUCCCCAUCUCCACUCGAUCAGAGCUUGUACACUACUACUCCUACUCCCUCUUUCCAUCUCUCGCCUCCAGCGUACGCCGCCGAGCAAGGCCGCAACCGCGUUGCCAAAGCCGCCGCCGCCGCCGACGCCGCCGCCCAUCGCCCGCUCCCCUGUCUCCCCUCAUCGUCACCUUCGUCCUCUCCCGCAUAUUUUAUCCUCCAGUGUGCAUCGGGGCCAGCACCUUCCCACCUACGCACGGCACGCCUCGCCCUAGUCGACCAACACGAUGGCGAGCAACCCGUUCCCGCCGACCCAGGCGGCACGGUACACUGAUCUGAGCGCGCUCAUCCAGACGCCAGAGAGCAGCAGCACCGCCGCCGCCGGGGGCGAAGCCGCAGCCGCCCGCACCUUCCCCUCCGAGGACACGAUUGCCGCCCUCCUCCAUGCGCGUGCUCGUGCAGAGCUGCCCUACACGCGCGUGUCGCCCUCGGGCACCGACUACAUCGUCGUCAACCCCCUCCGUGUGCUCUCUGGCCUCAACGACGAGAGCAGCAAGGGAUACGCCGAGGACGUCGCCCGCACCGAUGGCGGCAUCGGCGGUGACCCCCGCCAGCCGAGCGUGUACGAGCUCGCCGGCCGUGUCUGGCUCCUCAUGAGCCGUCAGCGCGAGACGCAGACGGUCAUCUACGAGGGUCUGACAGGUGCUGGAAAGUCGACCACUUCGCGCCAUCUCACGACCCAGAUCCUCAAGCUUGCGGCAACGUCAAAAGCCCAGCGCAGGCUGGCCGACCAGGUCUCGCACCUCCUCACACUCCUCGAAUCGUUUGGAAACUCGAAAACCCUCAUCAACCCGUCGGCCUCUCAGCACGGUCGUUACUUCGAGCUUCACUUUUCCCCAGAAGGCACACUCGCCGGAGCAAAGGUCCUCCCCUUCGGCCUGAACAAGUGGCGCAUUGGACCACUCGAGCAGGAAGAGCGUACUUUCCACGUCUUUUACCAGCUCCUCGCUGGCGCUAGUCCCGACGAGCGCGAACAGCUCCGCCUCGAUGACCCUGACACGUAUGCCCUCCUCGCGUCGAGCAACUGUUACCGUCUCCCCGGUGGACCGUUCUCGGAUGACUCGACGCAGCUCGGCGAGCUGCGCGCCGCGUUCGCGUCGCUGGGCUUCAAGAUGAAGCACGUCAGAUCCAUCUUCUCGGUCCUUACCGCCAUCCUGGUCCUCUCCAACAUUACCUUCACCGACACCCGCGCGACUGGCUCGCUCGGCAUGACGUCGUACGAAGAGCACACCACCGUUGUUGAGCGCCACCUCCUCGUCGAGGUGGCUACCCACCUCGGUGUGUCGGCCGAGGAGCUCGAGGCAGUGCUCGUCAACCGCACAAAGUGGGUGCGCCACGACCUCGCCUCCGUCUUCCUCGAUGCCGAGGGCGCCGCCUCGCAGCGUGACUCGCUCAUGCGUGACCUGUACGGCAUUCUCUUUGCCUUUGUCGUCGAGAUGGCAAACAAGCGCCUGGCGCCUCCACCCAGCGCAGAGACGCUUCAGAUCGUGCAGCUCGACGUCCCCGGACACCAGAGCCGAACGCUCACGACCGAGCCCAACCAGCGCAACUCGACCCUCUUGACCUCUGCCCCGCUCAUCAACGCCAAUGGCCAGAAUGGCUUUGACGAGUUCUCGGUCAACUUCCAGAACGAGAUUCUCCACUCGUACCUCCUGCGCAGGACGUUUGAGGACAACCUGGGAUGGAACGCCGAGAUCUCUGCAGACGGCAUCAAGCUGCCCCAGGUCCCCACCAUGGACAACGCGGCCUGCGUCGAGCUCCUCCGUGGUGGCCUCCUCGGAUCAGAAAAGCUCGCCAAGCACCCUCUCGGUGUCAUUGGCGUGCUGGCCGAGGUCGGUGAGAACAUCAAGGGCGAGGACCGCGAGGAGGUCAAGGCCGAUGCUGUGGUUCGCAGCCUCACCUCGACCUUUACCGGACACCCAUCCUUCAUCGCUCGUCCCCCAACCACCCUUGGUCCCAUGCCCAAGGAGGGCCGCAUGUUUGGCAUCAACCACUACUGUGGCCCCGUGGCGUACGACGCAACCGACUUUAUCGACCACAACGCCGACGUCUUUGACAAGCAGCUCGUUGGUCUUCUGCGCUCCUCUACCGACUCGUUUGUCACGAAACUCGUGUCGGGCCCCGCACUUGCCACCGAGGGCCACCCUCUGGACGACAAUAUCGUCGUCGAGGCCCAGGUUUCGGUUUCGCCUCUGCGCACCCCGACGCCCAUCGCGCACCCUAUCGAGGACCUCGCUCCUCAGGCGUCUGUUGCUUGGCCUAUUGACGACUCUGUCCCUCAGCCCGUCUCGGCGCAGAUCAACGCCACUCUCGCGACCUUGUUCGACACGAUUGAUCUCACCCGUGUCUGGGGCGUGCACUGCAUCAGACCAAACGACUCUGGACACGCCAACUCGUACGAUCGCCGUCGCCUCAAGUCGCAGGUCCGCUCUCUCCUCCUCCCCGACCUGGUCAACCGCCGUCAAGUUGACUACGUCGCCGACUACACUCUCCACCAGUUCUGCAUUCGCCACUCGCUUCCUGCGCAGGACGUUCACCGGACGGUCGAGGAUUUUGCUCGCCAGCACGGCUGGUUCCCAGGUACCGACUACGCGAUUGGAAACGACCGCGUUUGGCUUGCUUGGGGUCCCUGGCGCGAGCAGGAGGACCUCCUUCGGUCUACCGAGUCGCGUCACGGCAGCGGAGAGGAGACACUCACGGACACGGAGGAGAAGGGCGCAUUGACUCCUCGCGGUGCCUCUUCUUACGGUCACGGUAUCUACGGCAAGGGCGAGCACUACCCGGAGAGCCAGGACAACCUCCUUCGCACCCACUCACGCGGAUCCUACGGAUAUGCCGACAGUCCUGACCCAGGAGCAAGCGACCUUUGGCUCGCUUCCCGCAGUGGCCACGACCACGGCGGCGUCGGCGGCGGAGCGGGAGGUGGAGGCGGUGGUGGUGGUGGUGGUAACCGCGGUGUCGGUGGCUACGACGAGCACGACCCUAGCAACAACAACGGUCCUGGCGCGUUCAUCCAGACCGAGAAGCGCCACCACGCCACUGAGGUCAUUGCCACGACUGCGCAGCGUCGUUGGUGGAUCCGCAUCGUCUGGCUUCUCACCUGGUGGAUCCCAAGCUUCUUACUCAAGUGGCCUGGCGGCAUGAAGCGCGCCGAUGUCCGCAUGGCAUGGCGCGAGAAGGUCGCCAUCUGUAUCAUGAUCGGCUUCACCUGCGGCGUCGUCAUCUUCUACAUUAUCGGCUUUGGCAAGAUUCUCUGCCCCGACAUGGACAAGGCCUGGAACAGUGGAGAGUUGUUGGCCUACACUGGUGACAAUGGCGCUCCUUACUACGCCGCCAUCGCCGGUAAGGUUUACGACUUCUCCAACUUCUGGAAGCAGGAUCAUACCAAUGGUUUCGGCACGCCGACCAACGAGGCCAUCAUGGCCCAGUUUGGUGGACAGAACCUCAACCCCUACUUCCCAGUUCCCCUCUUCGCCGCCCCUGGCUGCAAGGAGCUGUCCAACAACCCCCAGCUUCAGCUCAUUCCCGCCAACAUCAGUCUCGUCUCCUUGCCCCAGGCUGUUCACUCGUCUGGAGCGCUCGGAGCAUCCAACUCGUACCCCGGCUCCGACUUUGCCAGUAACGAUUGGUACUGGUCAUCUCUGCUCCCCGCUUUGGACAAGCGCUACAAGGGAACAUAUGUUAUCGACAACAAGGACAUCCAGAGCGCUAUCAGCAACGACGCCACAACCUACUGGUCGAUCUACAAGGGCAAGAUCUUUGACCUCAGCGACUACUUCAACACCAUCUCCAAGAACAGCGGCGUUUCUGGCACCAACCUGCCGAACUGGGCCUUCCUCGACAAGUCGAUCACUGACCUGUUCAAGCAAGGCCAGGGUUCGGACAUCUCCAAGGCCUUGGACGAGGCCCUCGCGGCCAUGAACGCCGAUGAUGCCAAGAACAACCUCGACUGCUUGAACAGCGCCUUCUACAUUGGUGGCACCGACUUCCGCAAGACGGCAAGGUGUCUGGUUCAGAACUACAUGCUUUUGGCAUUCUCGGUUAUCCUCAUGACCACGAUUGUUGCCAAGUUCUUGGCUGCUCUCCAGCUUGGCGGCAAGCGCAACCCCGAACUGCUGGACAAGUUUGUCGUCUGUCAGGUGCCUUGUUACACUGAGGGCGAAGAGUCUCUCAAGAAGACGAUUGACUCGCUUGCGUGCCUCGAGUACGAUGACAAGCGCAAGCUCAUCUUCAUCAUCUGUGAUGGCAACAUUAUUGGUUCCGGUAACAACCGCCCUACGCCUCGUAUCGUCCUUGACAUUCUCGGUGUCGACCCCAAGGUUGACCCCGAGCCGCUCCUGUUCAAGAGUAUCGGUGAGGGCAGCAAGCAGCUCAACUACGGCAAAGUCUACUCUGGUCUGUACGAGGUCGAGGGCCAUGUUGUUCCCUAUGUCGUUGUUGUCAAGGUCGGCAAGCCCACCGAGACCUCUCGCCCCGGUAACCGUGGAAAGCGUGACUCGCAGGUCCUGCUCAUGCAGUACCUCAACCGUGUUCACUUCGACGCUCCCAUGUGCCCCCUCGAGCUGGAAAUCUACCACCAGAUGCGCAACGUCAUUGGUAUCGACCCCACGUUCUACGAGUACAUCUUCCAGGUGGAUGCCGACACAACCGUUGCCCCGGAAUCGCUCAACCGUCUCAUCUCUUGCACGGCCGACGACCAGAAGAUUAUCGGUAUCUGCGGUGAGACCAAGGUUGCCAACGAGCGCGAGUCGUUCACGACCAUGAUCCAAGUCUACGAGUACUACAUUUCGCACCACCUCACCAAGGCGUUCGAGUCGCUGUUCGGCUCGGUCACCUGUCUUCCCGGAUGUUUCUCGGUCUACCGUAUCCGUACCGCCGACAAGGGCCGCCCAGUCAUCAUCUCGUCGGUCGUCAUUGAUGAGUAUGCCGAACCCAACGUCGACACGCUGCACAAGAAGAACCUCUUCUCCCUCGGCGAAGAUCGAUACCUCACCACGCUCAUGAUGAAGCACUUCCCAACCUUCAAGAUGAAGUUUACGCCCGACGCUCUCGCCUACACCGUCGCGCCUUCCCGCUGGAAUGUGCUCCUGUCGCAGCGUCGUCGUUGGAUCAACUCGACCAUCCACAACUUGGUCGAACUGCUCUUCCUGCCCGAGAUGUGCGGUUUCUGUUUCUUCUCGAUGCGCUUCAUCGUCUUCAUCGACCUGCUCGGUACCAUCAUCCUGCCCGCUACCUUUACCUACCUCGUCUACCUCAUCGUUGUCGUGUCGACGCACAAGGCCCCGAUCCCCUAUAUUUCGAUUGGUAUGAUCGCCGCCGUGUACGGUCUCCAGGCUGUCAUCUUCAUCCUCAAGCGCGAGUUCAUGCUCGUCGGCUGGAUGUUUGUCUACAUCCUCGCGUACCCCGUCUACUCGGUCUUCCUGCCCUUAUACUCGUUCUGGUCCAUGGACGACUUCUCCUGGGGUAACACUCGCAAGGUUGUCGGUGAGGGCAGCAACAAGACUGUUGUCUACGACGACGACGAGCGCUUCGACGACUCGAUGAUUCCUCUGCGCACUUUCAAGGAGUAUGAGGCCAACGCCUGGGAGACGGCAUCGCUUCACUCGGACGGCGAGAAGGAGGCUCGCAGCGACUCUGGCCGCACUGGCCGUACGCGCCGCACUCGCAACACCAACUACGCCGGAUCGAUGCACUCGUCGGCUCGCAACAGCGAGUACAGGGACCACUCUGGCGGCUCUUCGCGCGUCCACUCGCCCGCCCCCUACAUGAACCCGCAGAGCCGUAUGCCGUCGAUGUGGGGUGGUGGUGGCGCUGGCAGCAUGUACGGUGAGCCGUUCACGCCACCCAUGGCGUUCGGCCCCAACCCGUUCAACUCGCCAGCCAUGUCGCUCGAGUCGCUUCGGCCCCCUACCGGCGGCAUGUUCCCGCCAUACGCCCCGUCGCCGCUUGCGGGUCCUCCUCGCAACACGAUGGUGUCUGCCGGCUUUGGCAUGGACCCUGCGCGUGCGAGCAACUACUCGCUUGCGACGACUGCCAACCCAUUCGGCGCCCCCACGCUCUCAGUCAACCCGAACCCGUCGCCAUCGGACGAGGCGGUGCUGAGCGUCCUGCGCAGCUACCUGCUGACCCAGGACCUGAUGACAGUAACGAAGAGAUCGGCCCGGGAGGCCAUCUACGGACUAUUCCCCAACGCCAACCUGCAAGAGCGCGCGAGUUGGCUCAAUGAGAACAUUGACAAAAUCCUGAGCGAGUAGUUAUAGACAUGACCUUGUUCUCUCCAACUCGGCGCGCCCCACCACCCACACCCCCCCCAACGCACGCACGCACGCCACAGCACACACCACGAUAUCCCCACUGCCACGACUACCCCGUCUUGUUCGUCGAGUGGCCCCUCACCUUGCACGCACAAAACACACUCUGAUUAAUGCCUCUAUGUAUGAAGGACUUUGCACCGCG